CUUAUGCCUAGCUCCUCCUCUGAUAUUAAGAUGACACUUUUUAUAGAGCUUCAGCUUCUAUGCUGCCAUUACUCUUUUGUGGGAUCUGAGACCAGGAGGUGACAAAAGAGCCACCAUGAGCCAAGUGACAAUCAAGGACCUUGAAGUCCUCAACUGUGAAUAUGGCAAGAAUACAAUUAAGUUCCUUCGCCUUCAUAAAGAAGGAAAGAAGCAGUUUGUUAAAGAAGUGGAAGUGUGUGCGCAUCUCCGGCUGACUUCUCCUCAGGAGUACCUGGAAGGGAACAAUUCUCUUGUGAUACCUACAGACACCAUAAAGAAUAUUGUCCUUGUGUUGGCCAAAAAAAAUGGGAUCCCAAGUUUAGAACAAUUUGCUAUAGAUAUCUGCAAUCACUUCAUGACAACAUUUUGCCAAGUGGCGUACGUCAAAGCCUACGUUCAAGAAGUACCAUGGCAACGUCUGCAUGAGGAUGGCGUUCCCCACAUCCACUCAUUCAUAUGUGUUCCUGAUGGGAUCCGCUUUUGUGAAGCUGAGCAGUGCCGGAAUGGUCCUCUGAUUGUCUUUGCUGGAAUUAAGGACCUGAAACUUAUGAAGACAACACAGUCUGGAUUUGAAGGCUUCUAUAAGAAUGAACACACCACGCUUCCUGAAAGACAUGACAGGAUUCUAUGUGGAGAGUUCUUCUGCAAAUGGUCAUACGGCGAAUGCAAGGAUUUUGACUUCAAUUGCAUAUGGAAAAAAAUCCGUGAAUGUAUCCUUGAAUCCUUUGCUGGACCACCUGACUGUGGGGAAUAUUCACCCUCUUACCAGAAAACUGUCAACUGCAUCCAGAUGCUUGUCCUUUCCAGAGUGCCACAGGUACAGGUCAUAGAAGUCGUCUUGAACAACACUUUUUAUAAUGUUGUAGACAUGAAGAAUCUAGGCUUGACCAAUGAAAAAGAAGUUUUGGUUCCAGUGGAAACUCCUUAUGGCUCCUGUACUUGCACACUUGGCCGGAAGUCAUUUUUUGAAGCACAAGGCCACAUGCUGAGAGAUGAGAGGAAAUGUCAGUUUGGACUGGCAGCUGCCCAGGGAAACUAAACCUCUUGCCUCUAUGCAACCUUCCUGAUAAACUUAACAGCAUGGCUUUCCUAUCAAUGUUUACUCCUUAUUGGCCUCUUCCACUGCUGACUACUUUUCCCUCUAUGAACUCCUGAACAUGGGAUUUAUGAAGGACCCUCAGGAAAUUGGAAAUCGAAGUCUAUCCCUGACUUCCAGAGUGAUUUGCAGACUGAAGUGUCCUAAGUUCUUUGGAAAAUCCCAGCUGGAAACAUUAGGUAAAUUAAUUUUUAAACUAGCUAUUCCUAGACCUUUUAAUGAAACAAA